UCUACAAUUCAUUAUCUUGGUGGCGGGUGAUUACCACAGUUUAAUGGUGGCUACCUCGAAGCAGAGGAUUGCAGCCUCAGUCACCUCUUUUUCUAUUAUUUUCUUUCUUUCUUUCUUUGUCUGGAUUGGGACAACUUUCUGAGUUCGAAUAGCUGACAAUGUUAAAACAAUCAAAAGAUCCACCAAACGCCACCGUUUUGAAAGCUACAUAUUACUUAACUUACCCAUCUACCCUCCAAUCUCUAUCUUCAACAACAGCUCGAGUUUGAGCUCACUCUCACUGGAACUGGAUCUUGUGCACUAAAGAUUUCAUCUUUUCUUGCUUUCUAACUUUGAUUCUUAGAAUAUCAGUUCUUUCAUAUGGCAACAUACUUGGAGUUUGAGCAGAUGGGACAAGUUGAAGUUACUUGUGUUUUGCUGUGAAAUUUGAAAACUUGAUACUUUUAUGGUUAUGAUUUCAACUGCAACAUUAUGAUGAAAGCAGGAGAUCACAUUCCAAGAACUAUACUACAUCUGUACAUGAAUUUAUUACUUGGGAGAUUCACAGAAUAAUUAUCAUUAUGGUGUUUUUUAUAAGAAGUUUACCAAAAAUGAAGAAGUGGUCUGGAGGUUUGAUGAUUGUAGCUCUUGCUAUGGUAUUGGUUUUUCGGUACAGUCUCAUUGGAACUAAGCCACCACCAACAAGUCCAACACAAAAUCAUGAUUCGGCUUAUGGUUUCUUCAAUAACCAUCCACCGAAAAAUCCUUAUGAGGAGAGUGAUCUCCCAAUCCUUCCUGAGAUAAGAGUUAAACCAGUAAUACCACCAUUUAAGAGGCCCCAUUUUGUCAAUCAUGAAGGACUCAAUGAGCUUUAUGUUUUGCAAAAUAUAUCGGUAGGAGAUUCGAGUCCAUUGCUUGUUUGGGCUCAAUUGCGCUCGGUACUAGCUAGGUCUGAUGCUUUGCCUGAAACUGCUCAAGGGAUCAAAGAAGCAUCUGUAGCAUGGAAAGAAUUAGUUUCUAUAAUAGAAGAAAAGGCCUCUCAGUUAAGCAACAUUGACAAGUCUGAAGAUAAGAACUGUCCUUUCUCUGUAAAUAAACUUGAGAAAACAGCAUUAGGUGAUGAAAUGGUUCUUGAGCUCCCUUGUGGCCUUGUUGAGGAUUCUUCCAUUUCAUUGGUUGGAAUUCCUGAUGGCCCUCACCGAAGCUUUCAAAUUCAGCUUCUCGGUUCUCAACUUGCAGGGGAACCCAAUGCUCCAAUUAUCUUGCAUUAUAAUGUUAGCUUGGCUGGAGAUAACAUGACUGAGGAGCCAUUUACAGUUCAAAACACAUGGACUAAGGAGCUUGGAUGGGGCAAAGAGGAAAGAUGUCCUUCUCACAAGUCAACUGACAGCUCAAAUGUUGAUGGACUUGUUCUUUGCAAUAAGCAAGUUUUCAGAAGCUCAUCAGAGCAAAAUCCGAAUGCAAGUCAACCUAGUAGUGACAUGCCGGCCAAUGUUUCUAGGGGAAGCGACCGUGAAACUGCCAGUUUCCCAUUUGUAGAAGGGGUUCCUUUCACUUCCACAUUAUGGGCUGGCAUGGAAGGAUUCCACAUGACUGUCAAUGGAAGGCAUGAAACAUCAUUUGCUUAUAGGGAGAAACUAGAACCGUGGUUAGUUAACAAGGUCAAAGCGGCUGGCGAUUUAAAUCUUUUGUCUGCAUUGGCCAAAGGAUUGCCUGUUUCCGAAGAUCAUGAUGUAGUUGUUGAUGUUGAGCAACUCAAAGCUCCACCAAUCCCAAAGAAAAGACUUGUAAUGUUGGUUGGGGUCUUUUCUACUGGAAAUAACUUUGAGCGUCGAAUGGCACUGAGGAGGUCUUGGAUGCAAUACGAUGCUGUACGUUCUGGGGAAGUAGCUGUCCGUUUUUUCAUUGGCCUUCACAAGAACAAACAAGUCAAUUAUGAGCUGUGGAGAGAAGCUCAAGCUUAUGGAGAUAUCCAACUGAUGCCAUUUGUUGAUUAUUAUAGUUUAAUCAGUUUGAAAACGAUUGCAAUUUGCAUCAUGGGGGGAAAAAUCAUCCCUGCUAAAUAUAUUAUGAAAACAGACGACGAUGCUUUUAUUCGGAUUGAUGAAGUUCUAUCAAGCCUUAAGACAAAGGCAUCUGAUGCUUUAUUAUAUGGUAGCAUAUCCUUUGAAUCAUCACCCCAAAGGGACAGAGACAAUAAGUGGUACAUUAGUGAUGAGGAAUGGCCUCACGCUUUAUACCCUCCAUGGGCGCACGGUCCCGGUUAUGUUAUCUCCAGAGACAUUGCCAAAUUCAUCGUUCGUGGGCACCAUGACAGAAACCUCCAGCUUUUCAAACUAGAAGAUGUUGCAAUGGGGAUAUGGAUUGAACAAUUCAGGAAUAGUGGUAAAGAAAUGCAUUACAUCAAUGAUGAUAGGUUUUUCAAUGAUGGGUGUGAGUCAAACUAUAUUCUUGCUCAUUACCAAAGCCCAAGACUAGUCUUGUGCCUUUGGGAGAAGCUGCAAAAAGAACAGAAGCCCAUAUGUUGUGACUGAGUAAAUUGUCAAAGCUUCCCCAUAAUGAUGAUAAUGAUCUUUUUGGGGGACUAACUUUUUCUUUGAAUGGGAUUGGAAUUGUACAGAUAUUCUUCUAUUACUUGAUGAGGUUGAAGUUUUCAUGCUUCACCUAUUUCCUUCAUUCUUUCCACACAUUUGUGUAGAUUUAUGUUUUCUUUCUUCUUCUUCUUUUUAGAACAUUUUAUUUUAACAAAAAAAAAAUGAUACUUAUAUUGUCGAUCC